CAGGAACUAAGGAUAAAAAGCUAAACAAAUUCAACAAUUUCCAAACUCCGUUAAAAAUGUUUUCGGUAAAUAAACGUAUGUUGAGAAUGAAAUUUCACUAUUUUCUUUAUUUGGGUGACUGAAUAUAGAGCAAUAUGAAAUAUGAAUAUAUAUUAUUGGUAGCUAGCUAUAUCUGAGAUAAUAUUAUACGAGUAAAGACUGGAAUUAUAUGCAUGUCAAAAGAGGCCAGUUAUAAGAGGCAAAAAUAGGUUAAAAUAUGUAGGUACUAAAGCAAUAUUGAAAUGAUAAUUAUUAAAAAAUAUAUGGUUUUUAAUAAUCAAUAAUAUUUUAGAUAUUGAGCGGCUCCGAUGAAUGUAAAAUGGUUUAACAAUGAUUAUGUUUUUUUUUAAUUUAUUUGUGUCUGUCAUUAUCUUUUAAACGAGUAAAAAUGCUUAAAUUUUCUUCAACAGAAGAAUUCCUGUUCUUGAUACAAUUUUCAAAAUAUUUUGACUGUUUUCGAGCUGCUUACGGACAUUUUCAAUUUUCAAUUUUUUUAGUAUUUUUUUCUAUAAAUGUCGAUAAAUUGUAAUUUGGUAAUAUUAAUUGAACUGGCUACCGUAUUAAUAUAAUAAGUAAUAACAAUAGGUAUAAACAUAAUAUAAAAUAUCCACACUGACAAACCAUCUCCGCUCAGAAUCGUUUUAACCAUCUGUACAGCAGUGCGACUUGCCCAACUUUUUUUAUGUAUUUGUUUAUUAAAGGUUUAUCUUUAUAUUUAUAAUUUUAUUCUUCUUCUAUACGUGUAGUAGGUACUGUGUAUGUCACUGAACUCCUAAACGUCUCUACCGAUUUUAUUUCUAUUUGAGUGGGUCCCUGGGUGGCUUAGAUUUAUAAUUGGACCCAGUAGGUCACUGCUCACACAAGGAUUUUAAGAUGUAGAAUUUUAAAAUUUGUUUUUAUUUAUAAAUAGUUGUUAUUGGUUACUCGGUCAGAUGAGGUGCAUGCAUCAAAUCGUCACGAUUAUGGUUUCAGAUAAAGAAAUUAUAACUUAAAACAAAUAUGAGAGUUGAAUACUUGAAUAUAUGUUUGUAGUUUAUAUAGGUACCAGAUAUCUGGUAGUUGGUACCUAAUCAAAAACUACUUGACCAAUUUUGUGAAAAUUUCUUAUAGUUUUUUGAGUUAUCAGGAAAGUUUAAAAAGUAAUUUGAAUUACGUCCGAUUUAUACAAAGUACUAUAAUAUCCAAUAAUUUGCCACAAGCGAAUUAUCCAUCUCUGUAGAAUUAGUUCACAAAACAUGGGAUAUGGACGUAAAAUUACCCGUGAACUAAGGUACAUAGGUAGACCAAAAUAAAGAUACACCUAUAUUUACCGCUAAAUUACAUAUUUAUUCAAAUAAUUAAAAAAUGUAUGUUGGUUUAUCCAAAGUUAAUAUAGACUAAGAAACUACUGGACAGUUUUCAAUAAAAGUUACAUUCUGACUUGGAGCGUGUGUAUAGCCUAUUUUUUCAACUCUUAUAGUUCCUAAAUGGUACUCGGAUAAAGUAUAUUUAGUGAUAUUAUUAUGAAUGAAGUAAUUUAUAUAUAUAACCUAUUUACGUGGAAUCCUGUAUUAAAUUUUCAAUCCUUAGCCAUUAAAGUUAAACAAAAAAAUACAAAAUAAUUAUUAAAUUUUAAUUCCAUGCUUUUUGGCCUAACAAAUAUAUUUUUUUGAUAUUUAUGGAAAAAAAAUUGAUAUAAGUAAUUUGCUUGUAAACAGCUCAAAACAUAUAAAAUAAAUUUUAUGGUGUAUAGAAAAUGAAAGUAUAAACAUUCAGUAAAAUUUCCAUGUAUCUACAGUUAUUUGUCUUGUGAAAUACAACAAUAUAACAGAAUCGAUAUUAAAUGAGAUAUCGAGUGAAUAUCCAAUGUUGUAAAAAGGUGGGUAAGUGGAUGUCGCUCUGCUGUACAGUAUUUUACAAGUGGGUCACUGUAAUGUAUGGUGUCAAAUUUGAAUUCAAUGAUAAAAUAUCAUUGAAUUCAAAUAAAGUAUAUUUGAUGAUAUUAAAGUAAAUAAACUAAUUUAUAUAUAACCUAUAACUUUUAUAUAUCACGCUUCUUUACCCAACAAAUAAAAUUUUAUUGAUAUUUAUAGAAAAAAAACUAAAAAAAUUGAAAACUGACAAUGUCCGUAAACAGCUCAAAAAGAGUCAAAUUAUUUUGAAAACUACUGGGAUAUUUUUACUUUUGACCCCUCAGAGUAUCAACUAGAUUCACUUUCCUAUCAGAAAAGAUACUAUUGAAGAAAAUCUAAGCAUUUUUACUGUCCUAAAAGGUAAUGACAGACACAACAAUAAAGCGACAUGAAAAACAAAAGAAAAAUUAAGAAAAAACGGGAAUUUUUACGCAAAUUUUCGAGUUUUCGAGAAAAUUGAUUUUGGUUUUUGGUGUACCUCUAAAACAAAUGACCGUAGGUACAUGAAAUUUUGACUGAAUGUUUAUAUCAGCAUUUUCUAUACACCAUAACAUUUUCCAAAUAUUUUGACUAAUUUUGAGCUGUUUACGGACAUUGUCAGUUUUCAAUUUUUUAGUUUUUUUUUCUACAAAUAUCAAUAAAAUGUUAUUUGUUGAGUAAAAAAGCUUGAAAAUUUAAUACAAGGCUCCUACUAUAUUGUUACAAUGACAUUUGAUAAAUAUUAAAAAUCCUUAGUCACAGUUUUUAUUUAUAAGCAUUUAAAGUUCAAAUCUUGACAAAAUACGGAAAAAUCACGAAAAUUAACAAAUUAUAGUGAGUUGAGAAUUUAUAAAAAUUUUUCUUUUUUAAUCUAAGAUUUGAAAAUGUAAUACAAGAUUAUCCAUAAGUUUAUCUACCUUUAUCAAAAAAAAUGUCUACAAGAAAAUCAAAUUAAAUUUUUAUGAGCGUUUGAAAUUCUUAUUUUUACAACAUUUCAUAUUCACUCGAUUUCUCGUGUAACGAUUUUCUUAUUUUGUUGUAAUUAAAAAAUGUAUGAGUAUGUAGUCAAAUAAUGUUUGUCCUGGACGGCGUGUAUCGUGUAUCUCAAAUGGAAGAGAUAAAUUUGUUUGAAAGCGGUGAAAGUGACAGAUCUUCGAGUCCAGAACAAAUGGAUUAUGACGAGGGUGUUGCUUCUAUCGUAGGAUUUUCUCCGACCAUAGCUAAACAAAUGGGCUAUUCACCGAUGUUAGUUGGUUAUCUUUACACAUAUCUAUCUAUUUUAUCCUUUUUAGUCAAGCCUUUAACUGGAUUCAUAGUUGAUAAAUUUCGAGUGAAAAGAAUAAUGUUUUUAGCAUUUGUUUUGACUUGUGGUUUAACAGCAUUUGCGUUAAACUUUAUUCAAAAACUACCAACGGAAAAUGCUGCGGUUUUAAGUUGUAACACCACAACAGUGUUGGACGUUUGUUCAAACGUUGGGGGCCAGUUGCCUGAAUGCGAUGCCAGUCUAUCUAAGUUCUUAAAAAAUAAUUCUGAGUCGAUUACAUGUCAAUUAUUUUGUCAACCUAAUAAAUCAUUUCGGGAUGAAAUAUGUAAACAUUGGAGCAUGGAUUAUUGUAUACCUCAAUACAACACGGAUACAAACAAUACACUUGAACAUCUCAAUGUAUCUUUGUCCCAAAUUAUAACAGAUCAGAUUGAAAACAAUUUCGGAUUUCAAGUAAAAUCGGUGCAAUUCAAGGAAAACCAGGUUUUAUUUCCCAAGUGCCUAAAACCAGUGAGUACUCGAUGUGAGAUCGACUGCUCGAAUGAUGUUAUAAUGAAAUUAGCUACUAUGACAAAGUUGGAAGGGAGCAUUUUGAACUUACAUCAGUUCUGGGAAUAUUUCAUUGUUAUGAGUUUAUUUUGGAUUGGUCAAGCAAUCACUUGGAGUCUUCAAGACCCAAUUUGCUUUGAUCUUUUAGGUGCCAGACUUGAAGAUUUCGGUAAACAAAGGUGUUGGGGAUCUAUUAGUUGGGGACUUUUUUCGAUAUUUGGUGGAGCACUUGUUGAUUAUUUUAGUGAUAGUGAGAUUCACAAAAACUACUCUCCAAUUUACUAUCUAUGUCUUAUAAUCGUAAUGUGUGAUUUUGUGGUAGCUUACAAAAUAAAAAUCACUGAGACAAUUGGAUCUAAAAAUACACUAUCAGACGUAUUCAAAUUACUAACUAAUGUGAAUAUUGUGAUAUUUUUUGUAUGGAUCAUACUAAUGGGUAUUUGUACAUCUAUGGUGUGGAAUUACCUUUUUUGGUAUAUGGAGGAUUUAACUCAGAAGUACCACAGUGAACAACAAUUGUGGAUAAAAACAUUACAGGGUUCAGCCAUAGGAAUUCAAUGCAUUGGCGGUGAAAUGCCGUUUUUAUUUUUUUCUGGUUGGAUUAUCAAACGAAUUGGUCAUACGCAAUGCAUGGCAUUAGGUCUUAUCACUUUUGCUAUUAGAUUCUACCUGUACUCAAUUAUAACCAACCCAAUUUGGAUACUGCCAGUUGAAUUCACAAACGGUAUCACAUUCGGAUUGUGUCACGCUGUAUUGAUGGAAUACGCAAGAAUCGUUGCUCCUGCCAGUGCUGUUACUACUGUGGUAGGAUUUUCUGGAGCACUGUUUGAAGGUGUAGGUAUAUCUCUAGGUGGUUUGAUAGGUGGAUUUUUUUAUGAAAAAAUUGGAGGAGUAUCAACCUUUAAGUUAUUUUCUGGCGGCUCCUUCUUUAUGGGCAUUCUUCAUGUUUCAUUUAUUGUGUUCAGUAAGACAAAUGUAAAUGGUAUAGGUACCAUAAAUUGAAAUGAUUUUUGUGUAAGUUAAAGCUACCUAUCAAAUGUAAUGUUUUUACAAAAUAAGUAUAAAUAACAAUGUAAAGUAAUUUAUGUUUAAUUAAGUAUACCUAUAAUAAUUUUUAAUAAUUUAUAAUUUAUAAAAUAUAUUAGUAGUUAAUUA